AUGUCUACAAACCCCAUUAGAGAAAUUCCUAAGGAGCUUGAUACAGAUGAACGCAAUGAUGUCCUUUUCAACAACAUAUAUGGUCUACGGACCAUCGAGCUUAAUCGACCCUUGAAAAUGAAUGCACUCGAUGGCUCUAUGAUUAGGAAGAUAUUCCCCCGAUUAGUUGAGUGGGAGAAAUCCGAUAUGGCAAAUGUGAUUGUUAUGAAGGGUGCUGGUGAGAAGGCGUUCUGCGCGGGAGGUGAUGUGACCGUACUAGCAACACAAAACAAGGAAGGUCCAGAAGGCCAGAACAAGUCGGUAGAGUACUUUGCGCAGGAAUACCAGUUGAAUCACUACAUCGCGACAUAUCAGAAACCAUACAUUGCAUUUAUGGAUGGCUUCACAAUGGGCGGUGGCGUAGGACUCAGUAUUCAUGCUCCAUUCCGAAUUGCUACCGAAAGGACGGUCUUCGCAAUGCCGGAGACUACUAUAGGCUUUUUCCCAGAUGUUGGUGCCUCAUUCUUCCUACCAAGGAUGGCGGGCUCUGUAGGUACUUACUUGGCCCUGACAAGCGAGCGGUUAAAAGGAGCGAAUGUAUUUUACUCUGGAAUCGCAACUCACUAUCUACACUCAACCAGUUUACCGAGCCUAGAAUCACGGUUAGCCGAGUUGCGGUUUAAAGACUAUGAUACCAUGACAGAACGCCUUGCUAUUAUCGAAAAGACUAUCGAGGAAUAUGCGACCGGUCUACCUCCUGGAGAAUCAAUCCUGUUGGGUGGCGAACUUCGGAAGGCCAUUGACCGAUGCUUCAGCAAAAAUAAAGUUGCCGACAUCAUAGCUGCCUUAGAGGCAGAGCAAGGUGUUACUCAAGCCUGGGCUGAAAAGACGCUGGAAACUCUGCAUCAACGAUCGCCAACCUCAGUUCACGUGGCUCUUAGGCAGAUGAGGUUAGGUCGCGACUGGACCAUUUCGCAGACAUUCCAGAGAGAACACCAAAUCGCUGCCAGGUUUAUGAAGCAUCCUGACUUUACAGAGGGCGUUACAGCGCGACUAGUUUCGAAAGAAACACCGAAGUGGCAACCAGCUAGUCUAGAAGACAUCCCACCAGACAGCACGAUUGUCGAGCCCUUCUUCCAACUGAGUGGCGGCCCGUCAAAGUUAAACUUAGUGACAGAUAGGGACUACUCCCAAUACCCGUACCAAUCCUUUGGUGUACCUACGGAACAGGAUGUUGAAGCCAUCGUUAGAGAAGGCAGAUCAUCCCGUUACGAGGUUCGGGAAGAGUUCAUCCGAAAGAAAAAUGGCAGGCAGGGCAUCGCGGCUAUUGUGGAUGAGAUUCUAUCUAGAAACACCAUCGUGAACGAGGAGGGCAAAGCGGAAUGGAUCGACUCAUAA